CGGGGGGUCCCGUGGCGCGCCGGGCUGGAGCCGGUCACGAUGCCCCGGAGGAAGCAGAGCCACCCGCAGCCCGUCAAAUUGGACGCGGAGGACCCCCUGGACCAGGGCCCGGGGGCCCUGGUGUUGGAGAGCGACCUGCUGCUGGGCCAAGACCUCGAGUUUGAGGAGGAGGAGGAGGAGGAAGACGACGACGACGACGACGACGAGGAAGAGGAGGGUGACGGCGGCGACCGGCUCAUGGGCUUCGGGAGGGACUCAGAAGGAGACCCCCUGGGGGCCCGGCCAGGGCUGCCCUAUGGGCUGAGCGACGACGAGUCUGGGGGCGGCCGGGCGCUGAGUGCGGAGAGCGAGGCGGAGGAGCCGGCCGGGGGCCCCGGGGAGGCCGGGGGCCAGAGGCCGGGCCCCGCCUGCCGCCUGUGCGGGGGGCCGGGGCGCCAGGGGCCCUGCUGCGGGGGGCCCCCGCUGCUGCCCCCCCGGCUGCUCUACUCGUGUCGCCUCUGCGCCUUCGUGUCGCACUACUCGAGCCACCUGAAGCGGCACAUGCAGACGCACAGCGGGGAGAAGCCCUUCCGCUGCGGCCGCUGCCCCUACGCGUCCGCCCAGCUGGUCAACCUGACCCGCCACACGCGCACCCACACGGGGGAGAAACCAUACCGCUGUCCCCGCUGCCCCUUUGCCUGCAGCAGCCUGGGCAACCUGAGGCGCCAUCAGCGCACCCACGCUGGGCCCCCUGGCCCUCCCUGCCCGACCUGCGGUUUCCGCUGCUGCGCCCCGCGGCCCCCCCGGCCCCCCAGCCCCUCGGAGCAGGAGGGCACGGUGCCCCGGACGGCCCCAGACGCCGUCCUCCUGCCGGACCUGAGCCUCCACGUGGUGCCGGGCGGCCCCGGCUUCCUGCCGGACCGCGGCCUGCGGGCGGACUGCGGCCAGCUGCGCCAGGACGGGGAGGGGCCCGGCGGGGGCCCCGGCCCCCAGCCGCUGCCCGAGCUGCUCUUCCCCUGGGCCUGCCGGGGCUGCGGCCAGGAGCUGGAGGAGGGCGAGGGCGGCGCGGCCGGGCGCGGCGGGCGCGGCGGGCACUGCGGGGGCCGGGGGCCGGGCGGCGGGGGCGGGGGAGGGGGCCCCCGCGGGCCCGGCGACAAGGGCUUCGCCUGCAGCCUGUGCUCCUUCGCCACCCACUACCCCAACCACCUGGCCCGCCACAUGAAGACGCACAGCGGCGAGAAGCCCUUCCGCUGCGCCCGCUGCCCCUACGCCUCGGCCCACCUGGACAACCUGAAGCGGCACCAGCGGGUGCACACCGGGGAGAAGCCCUACAAGUGCCCCCUCUGCCCCUACGCCUGCGGGAACCUGGCCAACCUCAAGCGCCACGGCCGCAUCCACUCCGGGGACAAGCCCUUCCGCUGCAGCCUCUGCAGCUACAGCUGCAACCAGAGCAUGAACCUCAAGCGCCACAUGCUGCGGCACACGGGCGAGAAGCCCUUCCGCUGCGCCACCUGCGCCUACACCACGGGACACUGGGACAACUACAAGCGCCACCAGAAGGUCCACGGCCACGGCGGGGGGCCCGGCCACGCCGCCCCGGAGCCCUGGGGGCCGCCCCGGGGGGCCCCCUCCGCCCCGGGCGCCGCCGCCGGGGCCCGCGGCCUCCGCCCGGACUCGCCCUGA